GGGCUUGAGGUUGGGGCUGGGGCUGGCUCGGGUUAGGUUCUGGCUGGGGCAGGAGGGAAAGGCGGGGUCCAAGGCGUCAGGGCCUGCGGACGACGUGUGUGUGAAAGGGCGCGUCAGCCAUAAGAAGCCAUACGAGUGCGAGCAGGUCCCCACUGUCCCCGCGGCGUUGUCACUAUCAUCAUGAGGCCACUGGAGCAGCCUCAGGCGCUGCUGACGGGGAUCCGGGCGCGGGGUGCGUCGGGCUCUGCAGGUUGGCACUCACACUCAGCGCGCAGGAUGGCAGGAAUAGCACAUUUCAAACCUACAAGAAAGAAGUGUGCCUCCCAGAUGCACCCUGGCCCCUGGGCCAUCUGCUGUGAGUGCCAGACCAGAUUCGGAGGCCGCCUGCCUGUGUCCAGGGUGGAAGCAGCACUGCCUUACUGGGUCCCUCUGUCCCUGAGACCCGGAAAGCAGAGUCAAAAGAUGGUUCAGUUUUAUAUCCCCCAAACCACCAAGAUGUGCCCCUGCCUAUGCCACCGCUCUGGGGGCUGCCUCCCGAUGCCUAGGGACCAGGCAGUGAUGCCCUACUGGGUGCCCCAGGUCCUGAGGUCUCAGCAGCAGAUAGUCAGGAGGCAGCAGAGUUUGAAAGGCAUCCAAGCACCCCCGCUGGAUGCAUGCUCCUGGCACAACUGCUGGCGGAUCUGUGGUGAUGAGUGCCUGCUGCCCAAGUGCCAGCAGCUCCAGGCCCCCUACCAGGACCAGCUACCGGCUCCCCCAGCGCGUCUGCUGCCCCUUGGCCUCCUGACCCUCCUCCAGGCCAUCCUGAGGGUCAUCAUGGCCAUUUGCCAGUUUUUUGGGGUUUGAAGUUGGAAUCUUCAGCUAUUGUCAGGAACAACCACAAAAAUGUGUCACGAUCAAGAUCUUUAACAAGAGUCCUCUGAUCAGGAGGCAUCUGUGACAGUCACUGUCUUCUCAUAGAACAGGAUCCAAACCCAAGAUUCAACCCAAAUUAUUUCUCAUCAGGGCUUCCUGCAUCACCUCCCCCAGAAAACACUGCACUCUAUCCUUGCCUCAGGCUCUGCUUUUGGGGUGAGCUCAAGAUAAGACAAGGUGAGCAGAUCCCAUCUCACCAGUCAGGGAGGAAGCGCCAUCGGAGCAGAGACCUGAAGACAAUUCCCGGAAACCUGGCAAUGAAAGGUGAACACGUUUUGGCUUCCUUGUUUAGAAGUCCUGUCUGAGUAUUGCGGGGAGAACGAAUUGCAGGGACAAGAAGAAUGCCGGGAGAUGGAUUUCCCACUCCUCGGUGAAAAUCUGCCUUGAAGAAGGUCUGCUCCAGAGCCAGCUGAUGAAGAUAGAACGUGAUUGGAAAACCACAACUUGACCGCCAUCGUGAUGAGAAAACUGAGGCUCAGAGCCAUGAGACGCGAGCCGGGGUGGAGGCAGCUCUGCUUGGUGCUUCUUCUCUUGCCGGUUUGUGCAUCCGCGCCUUCCCUCUGCCCAUCUGCUGAGUGUGAGCAGGUGCAGCUCUGUUCUGGUCCCUGGUGUAGCCGCUGAGCCUGUCUCAACUGCCUGCCCCAUGACAGGAGCUCAGUAAAUACCUUCUGCGUGAAGGGCCACCAUGGAACUUAGCACAAUUGAUAUCUUGGCUUUGGGGCUGAACACUGUGGCUCAAAUUCCAGCCCUGCUACUGAGAAGCUGUGUAACUUUGGUGUGCUGGAGAGUCUCCAUCAAAGAAAGCCUGUGAAAACGCAUCUACAAGAAGCACUUUGGAGUGAGAAGCAGGUGUGACUCCUUGGUGUGUCAACGCGAGCGGGUUCCGAUCGUCUGGUAUCACUGGGUCCUGGGUUCUGACACGCGAGUGGGUUCUUAUACUCGGGCGUGUUCUGAUACCUGGCUCAGACCCUGAUGGGCUGACGGUGAGGUUCACAUGUCCUGUGGCUAGGCUCCCGUGCCCAGUGGUCCAGUCAGACACCCAUCUGGGUGCUGCUGAGAAGGUGCUGGUAGAUGUGGUCAGCCUCUCCCAUCAGCUGACCUCAAGGGAAGCAGAUUACUCUUGACAGUGUGGGUGGGCCUUAUGCAAUCAGGGGAGGACCUUGUGAGCAAACUCCGAGGUUUUUCUGGGAGGGAGGAAUUCUGCCUCAAUACCGUAGCAUCAGCUCCUGCCUGGGUUUCCAGCCUGCCGGCUUGCCCUACACAUUUCAGACUUACCAGCCUCCACAGUUAUAUGAGCAAUUCCUAAAAAUCUCUCUCUCUUUCUUUACACACACGUGCACACACAUAUUAAACUUCCUGCUAGUUCUGUUUCUCUGGAGAGCUGUGGCUGACACUGGCUGAGAGGAGCAAGAGUUUCAGGCUAGAGCUGCAUAACAGUGGUCUCUGGCCACUGGGUGUCUGCAAAAAUCAGAAAUGUGCUUCUCCAUGCCUCUCUAGGUCUUCUAGGGAUUUUGGGUUGCUUUCCAAUACACACAUGUUCUUGUGCAUGCAUGUAUGUGGGCAGUGGCAUGUGCAUGUUCAUUCAGGACCGACGCCACUGCAGGUAAGUUCCCUGGUGGGCACACCCCCUUCAGUAGACACAGGCUAUAAUGCCCACAGUCACUGCCUUGGGCAGGGUCCUGGGAGAGGGCGUCUGAGGCAGUGAACUUUUGAGUGGGCCAUGAUGACCUCUUAUGGACCAAGGCUAAAUCAAUGGCGGCAAGCCACAAAUAUCUACUAGGAUGGCAUUGUAUGUGGGCCAAAUGCAGAAGAUGUUGGGGGACCGUGUAGCCACAUCGUCAGAUCCCCAUCCAGCUCCUCCGCUCGUGAACUUGUACCUGAGCCGGCUGGCCGACCCCCUACCCCCCGGGCUGCAGGUAUAAAAGGGGGAUGAAAUUAGCAGUUGUCUCAUUGGAUGGUGGGGAAUGGGGCGGGUGGGAAUGCGUUAAUGCAGGUGAAGCCCUCAGAAAGGUCUCCCACUUUGGGGCACCACAUAGGAUGAGUGCUUUCAUUCUUAGGAGGACAAGCUCCUGCUUGGAGGUCAGGCGGAGUUGGGCUCAUGCUCCAGGCUGGCCCCUCACAUGCUCUGUGGCUUUAGGGAAGCUCCUAAACCUCUCUGAGGCUCAUCUGUAGGAGGAAAGUUAAGAGACUGAGAUGUCUCAUAAGCUUGCUGAGAUGAUUACGUUCAAAGAGAAGGAGGACAGUCUAUGGUGAGAUGCCAGGCCUGGGGGAAGCUGUCUUUGGCAGCCUGCUGUGCUGGACACUGCUGUGUGUGCACACAUUGUUAGGGCCCAGCCAGGGCCAGGACAGUGAGGCACUCAGGUGUAAAACGAGGUGACACCUGGUCUCAGGUGCCAACCCUGCAUUGCAUGGCUCUGAGAGUGAGCACCUCCUUAAAUUUUGCACUGGCGGGUAUCUCUCUUGCUUCACCCUAGUCCUGGCCCUGCACGUUACCCCAUGGAAAUGCCGUAACAGUUUUGCAAGGCCAGGGAUCAGCCCCUCGCACAGAUUAGGACAGAGGCUCAAAGAGAUGGGAAAACAGACCCGAGCCCCCUGCCCCCGACCUCCUGGGUUACUGAGAUCUUGGCAGGUGGCGACCGCGCCUUAUUCAUCUCAUGUAAUCACAUACAGCUCCUGGCAUGUAGUGGGUGUCAAAUAGAUUCUUACAUGUAUGCAGUGAGUGAAAGGGAAAAGGGAGGACUCAAACUCUGAUAUGGCUUCAUAGGAACCUGGUCAUCCACUCCACCCACCUGCCUUAGCAAAGUGCCCUUGGUGAGGCUGAGGGACUGGGCAGCCAGGACUCCUGAGAGGACCUUGUCAGAGGGGGAAGCCACCUCCGACUGAGCAGUGAGUGCUGCUCCAGGACUGCCCUAAAACUGGAUUUGAACAGAAGACCACAUGCCAUAUGACUCUAUUGGAAUGAAACAUCCAGAACAGGCAAAGCCACAGAGGCAGGAAGCAGCAUCCCCAGGUCACCAACACCUCUGGAACUGAGGCUGGCAGAAUGUGGUGGGGGCUCCUUUGAGAGCAUGGCAGCUUCUAAUGGACCCACAUGGUUAGUUUGAGAGGAGCAGUCGCCAGAAGACAGCCGUAUGUGUCUGGGCUGGGAGACCCAACAUUUCAGAGCCACCAACCCUGCGUCAUUGGCUGACAGGUGGCUGGGCAUUGUGUCACCACUGUCUUCUGGGAAUAAACAUUUCUCAGCUUUCCA